UCUACCUCCAAUAUGCCUAAUUCGUUCUGUUAUUUUGACAUGGAAAUUGGUGGCAGGGCUGCCGGAAGAAUUGUUUUUGAGCUGUUUACAGAUGCUGUACCCAAGACAGUAGAGAAUUUCCUAGCAUUAUGUACCCAUGCUAAAGGUUUUGGAUAUAAAGGUUCUAUAUUUCACCGAAUUAUUCCCGGAUUCAUGCUUCAAGGAGGAGAUUUUGAUAAAGGCAAUGGUACCGGUGGGAAAAGUAUUUAUGGUCUGCGGUUUGCAGAUGAAAAUUUUUCCCAUUCCCAUACUAAACCAGGCAUGUUAUCAAUGGCAAAUGCUGGAAGAAAUACCAAUGGAUCCCAAUUUUUUAUAACCACCGUCAAAACUUCUUGGUUAGACGGUAAACAUGUUGUAUUCGGGCAAGUGUAUACUGGUAUGGACGUAGUGAGAACUAUAGAACAUAUAGGAUCUGAAACUGGAGUACCCUUACAAACUGUCCGUGUACGCGAUUGUGGUGUUUGUUGAUCAAUCAUACAAUCACAAUUUUUGUAACUUUCGGGGGCACCAGGGCCUCUAGAAAAAAACAGAGGGGCAAAACAUAUAGCAUUGCAGUCUUCUAAUUACCCUGCAUCUGUCAAUGAAAUUUGUUGCCUGUGCCCCUGGGCACUUUUCACAUCCCAAAUAAUACUAUUAUAAGUUAUAUCCAACAUUGAACAUAUCCCAUGAAAAACAAAUUAAUGUGGACGCAAUGCACUAUUUCCCUAUUUGGCGUUUUAUCUUAUUUCUACUGCAUUUACCACCUGAAGGACAUAUACACAAAACGCUACACUCUACCUCUUUACACUAUAUUU